CGUCACGAUGCCCGCCAAGUCAAGCCGAGACUCCGUCGAGGCGCUUCUGUCGGACCUUGACAGUCUUGGGACCGACGCUGCUACCGCGCCUCCGCGUGCCUCCUCGGCCACUUCCUCCACCAAGCGCACCUCCGCUCGAGCGCAGCCUUCACACAUUCGAGGGGCCGAUGAUGACGCACAAAGCCUCCUCGACGAUCUUGACAAUCUAGUCCAGAGACGAGCAGCCACGCCAAAGCGUGUAGCAGAGCUGACGCAGGGCUCAUCUCACGGAGCAGCUUCGCCUGACUCUCCCAGCCCCAGCGCCCCCGCGACCACCGGUAUACCGGAGACCGCGACGGUACCAUUAUCCGCGGGAGCAGGACUCACACGGUCGCCCUCGGCGCCCAUUGAUGAAGGUGACUCUGUAGCCGCUCAGGCGGCUUCGAAGCUGGGGGCGGCCCCUCUUCCAGAGCAGCAGCAGCAAGCAGCUUCACAAGCCUCAGCGACGGCCAGCAGCAGCGGAGGAUGGAACAGCUGGGGUAGUGUGUGGUCUACCGCUAGCAAGCUAGCAGAUCAAGCGCGAGCCGAAUUGGAAAAGAGAGCCCAGAGUGAGCAGGCCAAAGAGCUGACCAACCGAGGAUGGGGCCUGGCUCAAAAUGUGAGAGGGUUCGUCAAGGAGGCGGGGCUGGAGAAACUUGGGGAAGACUUGGGCAAAGCUGGAAAGAGGGGAUGGACGGAGGUGUUGAAUGCAGUUGCCCCUCCAAUCUCAGCCCACGAGGUUAUUCAAGUGACCCUCUCCCACGAUAUGGUGGGCUUCGAUGGGGUGGAAGACGUGACGUUCCAGGUCUUUGCGCGUGUCAUGGAGUCUCAAGUCAGCAGAGGACUGGAGCAUCAGCUCAUCGUGAACAAAGCGCCGCGGGCUCGUCAGAGCAGCGAUGCGCGAGAGGCUCAAGAGGGAGGAUCUCAGGAGCGAGAUAUGAAAGCCAUGGAUGGUUACGAGGAGGCAUGGGCGACAGCAGAGAAAGCAUUGUCAGCCCUGAUCGAGACCCACGAGCCAGAACGCCCGAAGACGAACAGCGUGACUGUACCUGUCAGCUAUUGUCCUGUCUUCCUCAGAGUUCAAGCCGUCCAUGCUACUCUGCCUGGGUCUGGAUCGUUCAAGGGCACAUCAACGUCCGCGACGCCCUCACAAUCCUCAUCGACUUCUCCCUCCUCUUCAGCGGAUCAGCUCUAUGUCUCCUUCCUGCUAUUGCUGCAGGAUCCAAGUCACGGACUGAGCCACAGGACGUGUAGCCAAUGCUUCCCGGUCUCAUGGUUGUCGCAAUCAUUUGAGCAGAAUCCGUGGAUUGAGCAAGCUAUGGUCGACAUUCUCGACGGAGCGCUCGGUAUCAUCGGGCAGGAUUACAUUAACGGGAGGCAGAGCGGUCGAAGUCGCAGUGCCGAGAAGGAUGAGGUGUAAAGCUCAAGGUCAGCGUACGCGGGACGGCGAAGAUAGGCCCGUAUGCCCAAUAGGAAGGGGCAGAAGUCAAAGUGAGAUGAUCUAGUCUUCAGCCCAUACCUUUCGCGGGAAUUGACCUAGGAACAAGCUUGGCCGCACCACCCAUAGUCCUAAUCAGCACCAGACCAGAACGGUCUCUGGAUUGUGUUGACGAAACAAGCUCCCUUCAGAGUGCAGACCCAGCAGCCGGAGCUUCAUGCUGGCAACGACUCGUAUUCCCGCUCGCAUGGUG